CUCAUAUUUACGUUACGUGCAAAUGGAUACAUCAGCGGCUUUGAUGAUCUUAUCAGCCAUUGUGGCUUAUCUACUCUGGUUCAAGUUCAUUGCACGGUCGCUCAAUGGCCCACGUGUCUGGCCUUUAUUAGGCAGUCUUCCGGGGCUCAUCCAGAACUCCAAUUCCAUGCAUGAGUGGAUCGCUGACAACCUCCGCGCAUGUGGCGGCACGUAUCAGACAUGCAUCGCCGCGAUUCCAUUUUUGGCCCGGAAGCAAGGUCUCGUGACUGUCACCUGCGAUCCCCAGAACCUGGAGCAUAUUUUGAAGGGCCGGUUCGAUAAUUAUCCCAAGGGGCCUAACUGGCAGGCUGUGUUCCAUGAUUUGCUUGGUGAUGGGAUCUUCAAUUCUGACGGUGACACGUGGUUGUUCCAGCGUAAGACUGCCGCGCUGGAGUUUACCACCAGGACGCUGCGCCAAGCCAUGUCACGGUGGGUUAGCCGUGCCAUCAAGCAUCGGUUCUGCCCGAUUCUUGAGACGGCUCAGCUCCAAGGGAAGCCGGUUGAUUUUCAAGACCUGUUGCUUCGGCUCACUUUCGACAACAUAUGUGGCUUGACAUUUGGCAAGGAUCCUCAAACAAUGUCCCGAGGACUUCCUGAGAACGGCUUCGCAACGGCUUUCGAUAGAGCCACGGAAGCCACUCUCCAACGCUUUAUUUUGCCUGAAAUCAUAUGGAAGCUGAAAAAAUGGUUUCGGCUUGGGAUGGAAGCCACGUUGAGCCGAAGCCUGGACCACAUGGAUAAAUACUUAUCCGACAUCAUUAAUACGCGUAAGCUUGAAUUGGUCAGUCAGCAACAAGGGGAUACCCCACACGAUGACUUGCUGUCCCGUUUCAUGAAAAAGAAAGAAUCUUACUCGGAUGAAUUCCUCCAACACGUGGCAUUGAAUUUCAUCCUAGCUGGGCGAGAUACGUCAUCAGUCGCCCUAUGCUGGUUCUUCUGGUUGGUCAGUCAAAACCCAAAGGUAGAAGAGGAGAUCCUCACUGAAAUUUCCACCGUCCUGAAGGAGACACGUGGCAUUGACACUUCCAAAUGGAUAGAUGAACCCCUUGUGUUCGAAGAAAUCGACCAAUUGAUAUACCUUAAGGCAGCAUUGUCCGAGACAUUAAGACUCUAUCCUUCCGUGCCACAAGACUCGAAGCAUGUAAUAGCCGAUGACGUCUUGCCUAAUGGAACAUUUGUCCCUGCUGGAUCAAACGUGACAUACUCGAUAUACUCAGUUGGAAGGAUGAAAUUUAUUUGGGGUGAUGACUGCUUGGAAUUCAAGCCGGAAAGGUGGUUGUCUGAAGACGGCAAGAAAUAUGAGCCAAAAGAUUCGUAUAGAUUUAUUUCAUUCAACGCCGGACCUCGAAUUUGUUUAGGUAAAGAUCUAGCAUAUCUUCAGAUGAAAUCAAUAGCAGCGGCAGUGCUGCUCCAACACUGUCUUAAGGUGGCACCGGGACAUCGGGUAGAACAGAAGAUGUCACUAACUCUGUUCAUGAAGUAUGGGCUGUUGAUGGAGGUGCACCCAAGAAAUCUGAAGCCGAUCCUGGAAAAAAUAUGCAAAGCUGGGAGAAAUGGGUAUGCUUGAAUCCUGGGGAAAAUUUUGUGAAUAUGAGAUGGUGGAUGAUAUAUUAUAAACCUUUAUUGUAAGCCAUCUAUAGAUGUAUUUU